AUGUCAGAAAUUUUGGACAGCGACUUUUUGCAACAUCUGAUUGACAUCCACAGCAUUGGCUGCGGAGAAAAGUCUCGCCUGAAAUGGUACCUAACCGCCAUCAUUGCGCUUGGCGGAAUGAAGUAUGCAGAGUUGAUUCCGGAACUGUAUAAAAUUGUUCUCGACAAGUAUAUUGCGGACGAGGAUCAGAUGGUUGAGACUCGCAAAAUACGCGAAGCUCUUACCAAAGUCUGUGGGAUAUGGGGUGCAGCGACGACGGGCACGGCUAUUAGACAGCUUCUUAAUGCCACACCAGAACAUCUGCAGGAAUCAAAAUGUUACAGGGCCGGCGAAACACAUGAGAUGGCCACUCAACGCGGUCAAGAAAUGAUAGACAGCAUCUAUCCAAAGAUUCCUGGCUAUGAUCUAUCACUCAACGCCAAGGGUUCGGCGGACUACACGUGGAUAGUGACCACAUUGUUCUAUGGCCAUGUUUUUUCCUUCAUGGGGAUCUUGAACAAGGUGGAAACAGCACAGUCCAUUGUGGCAGCCCUGCUGAGCACUGAUUGUCAAGAGCAAGCACGCAACCACAUGAUGGGGAUGCAAUUUAAUGGAGGGACCAGGGAAGAAGUUCAAGGCGUCCGCGCAGUGGUGAUGGCAAUUGCUGAAAGGCUUGGAGUGAGAGGGAAGCAGGGUAGGACGGCUGUCGAAGUGCCUAGUAUCGAUUGA